AAUGGCACAGUGGGAUAACCAGCUGGAUAGUAUGCUUGAUGACCUGCACGCUACUGUGCAGAAUACAUCAUACCAAGAGAAACAGAUUUACGACGAAUCUAAACCAGGGCAAAAAUUCUCAAAACAAAGUUAUGAGUUUUCAUCUGUUAGUAAACAUCAGGGAGAUGGGGAUAUAAGAGGUGGACAGCUAGUGGGAAACCUGCCUAAAAGUCUUGUAUCUGAUCUGUCAAGUAUUGAGAAAGUUAAAUCUGUAAACCAUACUUCAGUCACUUCCAGUGAAAGGUAUGAGUAUUCCACCUCAAGCUCAAUUCAGAAAUCAUCAACUCAUGGCCUCCAGUCCUCUAACCACAGCCUCCAGUCAUCAAAUCAUGGCAUCCAUUCCUCUAGUCAUGGCCUCCAAUCCUCUAAUCAUGGCCUCCAGUCCUCUAAUUAUGGCCUUCAAUCCUCGACUAACACCCAGCAGUCUAUAAAGAAGAAUAUAAAUGAUCUUGAUCAUCUGCUUAACAAUCUCUCUUCUCAUAACUCCUCUAGAGAUGCUUCCCCCGCUACUCGACACAGGAUAGAGUCUAGCUACCAAUCCAACCUUAGUUCAGGGAUUUGUCAGAAAUCCGAGGAAAUCCGGGAGAAACUAAUCUCCAACAACAGUCUCUCUAGGACAUCAAGCUUUAACCGAGGAGAUCCCAGGAAACCGGUUUCAACCGGUUCUAGGCCAAUCACACCAGGUUUACCACACGAUCAGGUGGAGGGGUCGCAUCAACCACACCUGCUUCAUACCACACAUUCUACCACUGCCAGUAGAACUCAGUUCUCAGGUUCUAGAUCUAAUGUUUCAAAUGAAUUCCAUCCUGUUCAUACAACUCCGGACCCUCUUACAGAGACCGGAUGAACUGUUGAACAGUUUUGGAGCAAACAUUGAUCAACGAGAACUAGAAAAGAUAAACCAGAACGAGACAGCAACUAUGGAGAAGUUAAUGGCAGCGUCCUAUAAGAAGAAUAUAGGACAGGAUGAGGACCAUGUUGAGUACAAGAAAGGUCCUCCUGUCUUCUACCCUACAGAGGAGAUGUAUGAGACGAGGCAGACGGGAAUGUACGCCGGGGAAUCCGCCAAGAUGGCAAAAAUGUCCAAGUCCAAGGUUGACAGCGAUGAGAAGGGCGGGGCAGCUGUUAUCCCCAUCUGUCUACCACUCUGCUGUGCUGCUCCCUGUGUUAUUUUGUAAACAACUCAGACAGUACGUUUACACGAAUUUGCUUCCAACGAUAUCCCAAAUUUUGUCAAUUUGAGCAAACCUUUUUCCGAGAUAAUGUGCCAUUUAGUUUUAAAACUUUCCAUUACGCUGUUUUUUCAGUGGAACUAUUUUCGUCUUUGCCAUUUCUUUUGAUAUCAUAUUCCACUAAGGGUUUAUAUUUGUAAAGAAAACAACUGCAAUUUGCAUUUUUCAAAUUACUUUUUCAAAUUAAAAGCAAAAGUGAGGAAAAUCACUCCACUAUUUCUUAGUUCUUAAGGUGUCCCACAAAACAUGACAUGUCUUCUUAUGUAUACUGUAUUAGAUAUUUAAGAUUUUUUGCCGUCUAUUUCGU